AUGGCUUCCGCAACCUCCUUCUUCGACUUCAAGCCCAAAGACAAGAAGGGCACCGACUACCCGCUGUCCAAUCUGUCCGGAAAAGUCGUCCUGGUCGUCAACACCGCCUCCAAGUGCGGCUUCACACCGCAGUUCGCCGGGUUGGAGAAGCUGUACAAGGAGCUAAAGGGCCAGUACGGCGACCAGGUCGAGUUCCUCGGGUUCCCGUGCAACCAGUUCGGCGGCCAGGACCCCGGGUCCAACGACCAGAUCCAGGAGUUCUGCCAGCUGAACUACGGCGUCAGCUUCCCCGUACUCGGGAAAAUCGAUGUCAAUGGCGAUAAAGCGGACCCCGCCUUCGAGUGGCUGAAGAACGAGAAGCCCGGCCUCAUGGGCAUGAAGCGCGUAAAGUGGAACUUCGAGAAGUUCCUCGUUGGCAAGGAUGGCAAGGUCAAGGGCCGCUGGGCUAGCACGAAGAAGCCUGAGGACCUCAAGGCGGAUAUCGUCAAGGAGCUUGAGGGCAAAUAA